AAACAUACGUGCGGGUCCUUUUAGCAAAAGACGAAGACAACACCGAGGCUUAAACUUUACACAUUCGCCAGCGUUGUCUGCCUUCAUCGUCAGCAAUGGGCAACACCGUGUCAGCAGCUGAGUUCAUGGCAUCCAAUAUUGUACAUGCCGAAGCGGGAGCACUCCCUAAAGGACAUCCUCCUAUCAGUAGCAGCGAGAGUAAAUUAGCAGAAAAUGCAAUUCCCCCACCAGAGUGUCCAAUGCAUCAGAAACAACAGGCACCUAAGGAAAAGUCGGUGCUCGUGUCAGAGUGUCCCGUCAAGCAUGAUAACUCCGAUAUAAAUCCACUAAAUAUGAUGCCACCGAUGAAUCAAAACCCAGCCCCAGACCAACCUUUUCCUCUGCCUAAAGAUCGUCAGGUAUCGACUAUCCCAAAGGUUACAGAAGAUGGUCGUCAGGAAUUCUGGGUUUACCCCAGUCAACAAAUGUUCUGGAACGCCAUGCUUCGCAAAGGCUGGCGCUGGCAAAAAGAUGAUAUCCAACCGAAGGACAUGGAUGACAUCAUUAAAAUUCACAAUGCCAACAAUGAACAGGCGUGGAAGGAGGUACUGAAAUGGGAAGCGCUACAUGCGCGUGAAUGUGGUAAUCCCAAACUGAAGAGUUUCGGUGGAAAAGCGACAGAGUACAGCCCUCGGGCGCGGAUUCGACACUGGAUGGGUUAUGAACUGCCCUUCGACAGACAUGACUGGAUUGUCGAUCGAUGCGGAAAGGAUGUCCGCUAUAUUAUUGACUACUAUGACGGCGGAAUGGUUGACGAUAAAUACAAAUUCGCCCUGCUCGAUGUGAGACCUGCCAUGGAUUCUGCCGGAAAUAUCUGGGACCGGAUGACGGUUGCUUAUAUGCGGUGGAAGUAUGCAUUCGAAGGUAAGAUCAAGGAAUUAUCCAGUUAAAAACGCGCCGCAGUUGUAGAGGCAUAAUGUAUCUCGGUACCAAAUAUUGACCGGUUAUCCGCACACAAGUGGCAUAAUUACUCGACAAAUUGAACCUAAAUAAAAAUGUUCAACAUUUACUUUCGCAGUUGAAGUACAACAAAUAAA